GCCGCGGGGCCGAGGCCCGGGGCUGGAGUUGGCCCCCGGGGGGGCCAUGCUGCCCCUCUCCCCGGCCGGGCUGCUCUGUACGCUGCUCGGGGUGUCGCUGACGGUGUGGAUCACAGUGCUGCUCGUCUUCAUCAUCGUUCCCGCCAUCUUCGGCCUCUCGUUCGGCAUUCGCCGCCUCUACAUGAGGGCCCUCCUCAAGGUGUUCGAGUGGGCCACGCUGCGGAUAGAAAGGGGAUUCCGCGAGAGGAACCACCUCAUCUAUAAAACCAACUCAAAUGGUAUCAUCGCAAAGGAGCCCACGUCCUUGGAGCAGGAGAUCAAGGAGAUAAGGCGGAGCGGGAGCAGUGGGGCCCUGGAUAACAGCGAAUUCGAAGUGUCCGACAUCUUCUACUUCUGCCGCAAGGGCGUCGAGACUAUCGUUGAUGACGAGGUGACCAAGAGGUUCUCCGCCGAGGAGUUGGAAUCGUGGAACUUGAUGACACGGACGAACAAUAACUUUCAUUACAUCAGCCUCCGGCUGACGGUGUUGUGGGGACUUGGAGUUUUUGUGCGAUAUUGCUUCCUGCUGCCCCUGAGGGUAACCUUAGCCAUCACUGGUAUCAGCUUGUUGGUGAUCGGGACGUAUCUAGUGGGCUAUCUGCCAAAUGGCAGGUUGAAGGACUUUCUGAGCAAGCACGUGCACCUGAUGUGCUACAGGAUCUGUGUUCGGGCCCUGACUGCUAUUAUUCACUACCAUGACAGUGAAAACAAACCCCAAAAUGGAGGCAUAUGUGUUGCCAAUCACACCUCUCCGAUCGAUGUCAUCAUCCUGGCUAGUGAUGGUUACUACGCUAUGGUGGGACAGAUUCACGGAGGGUUAAUGGGAGUCAUUCAGAAAGCCAUGGUAAAGGCCUGCCCCCAUGUUUGGUUUGAGAGAUCUGAGGUUCGAGAUCGCAAUCUGGUGGCAAUGAGGUUGACCGAUCACAUAAGGGACCAGGCUAUGCUUCCCAUCCUGAUUUUCCCGGAAGGAACCUGCAUCAACAACACCUCGGUUAUGAUGUUCAAGAAAGGCAGCUUUGAAAUUGGAGCCACCGUUUACCCAGUUGCCAUCAAGUACGACCCUCGUUUUGGAGAGGCUUUCUGGAACAGCAGCAAGUACGGGAUGGUGAACUACCUACUGAGAAUGAUGACCAGCUGGGCGAUCGUCUGUAGUGUCUGGUACCUGCCUCCCAUGACUCGUGAGGAAGGCGAAGAUGCUGUGCAGUUUGCGAAUCGGGUGAAAGCUGCGAUCGCCCGGCAAGGUGGCCUCGUAGAUCUGCUGUGGGACGGCGGGCUGAAGAGAGAAAAGGUAAAGGACACCUUUAAGGAGGAGCAGCAGAAACUCUACAGUAAGAUGAUCGUCGGGGACCACAAAGACAGAAGCCGAUCCUGAGAGCCAUCCUGUCGGAUUGCCGGCCUGGGGUGUGGGGGUGGGGUGGGGGGGGUGGGCACACGGCAAGAGACAUGGCAUUGCUGGGGUUGUGUACGGACCCAUAACAAAACUGAUGCAAGACACAAGCUACUCUGCUCCUCCCCCCCCAACCCCCCCUCUCUCUGUCAUUUGAGGACGGCGUCUAGAGGGGUUGAGAGACACGUUACCCUGGGGCGUCCCCCCCCCCACCCACCCCCGUGAGCGUACAAUCAAACCCUCUCUCUUUACAAAAGGGCAGAGCGGAGCUGGUUGUUUGGCGGUGGGGGGUGUGGGGUGUGAAAUGGACAUCACGUGGUGUUAUCAUACGGAUGACAAAGCUGUCUGUUCUUCGUCGAAACAUCGGAACACCUGGAGUUUGGAAGCUUUGGCUCAGAUGGCGGUGGGUGAAGGGGGGUAGUAGGCAGCGGAACAGGCAGGCGCAAGGGGUGUGGCGUCGGCCGGGCGUUUUCUUUGGUCAGGAGGAAACCAAGUAGAACAGACGAGUUUAAAGAGAAAAAUACGGCAGAAUCUUUCAUCAGCACUUCAUUGAAAGCAGCAUUGUCAGCCCUGACGAGACUCGCGAUGCAUGAUGUUAAUAUGUGUCUAGUAUGUUUUUCUUUAUUUCUAGACCAGUCUGCGGAUGUGUUGGGUGGGGAGGAGAGGGAAGAGGAGAAAGUAACUUGCAUGUUAUUUUUGUGUAAUUUUUUUUUCCCACUUUACGUGUCAUUUUUUUUUAAAAAAUGACAAAAACGAGUGUUUUUUCUGCGAUGGGAGAGGAUGCCAAACAGAACUGUCCGUCAACCCCUUUUUUUUUUUUUGCCUUAAGCUUCGGUCGGCCUCAGAUAGUCUAUCGAGCUCGUGAGGCGAUGAAAAAAAGAGAGGGGGGGGCUGGGGGGUUCGAAAUACUCGGAAUUGCAGCCACAAACUUUCCCUUUCCCGGAAUUGGGGGGGAGAGAAGAGAAGAGAGAGAGAGAGAGAGAGAGAGAACAGUGGGGAGGGAAUCUUAACACUAACACCUUGAGGCGACUGAUAUUGGCCAGAGCAGGAGAAGGAAUUAAGAUGCUUUUGAGAGAGAGAGAGAGACAAGAGAGUUGGCAGCAGAGUUUGAGACUCAUAGCCUCUUGUUUGUGACGUUCAACAUAGCCGGUCUGCUUCCCAUCGCCUAACACCUUAGUUGGCAAAGCAACCUCUUGUUGCUUUGCUUGGCAAGCGAUGGCGAAGGAAAGGGGCAGCUUAGUGUUUGACAUGCCAUCCCGUCUCUCCUCCACCCCUGGAAUAGGACCCUGUCGAGUGUGGCAAGGGUUAAUCCACGCUGUUGAUGAAGGCUCCCCCAAGCCACUGUCGCUUGACUGAUGGUACCUUGGCCAUGCUGACCCACUGAGCUUUGUAAUGGGGGACUGAGCUGAGGAAACCAGCCCUCGUCUCUAGGCUCGGUGUGUGUGUGGGAAGAUUGGUUACGUAUUCUGUGGCUGAAUUAUCAGUCCAGUUUCCAGAGUUUCCACACCAGUUGGUGGCUCGGAAGAAGAGAAGCAAGCGAGCUUUCGUGGCGGGUAUAAAAAUGCUGUGCUACUGAGGUUAACUGGCUCUUCAUUCUUCCAAUGGAAAGGUCUCUGAUUUUUGUGGGUAUCCUGGCCAUGCGCGCAAGGUUGGGGGUGGUGGUGGGGGGUGGGGAAGAGAAUGAGAGCUCUGGCCUCCCGAGCGCGCCAGUCACUCACAGCUGUGGCACAAGAGAAUAGUGCUCAGCCUGUCAAGUCAACUUGUCCAGCGAUUGUGAUUGUACGUCGCUCUGCGCGAUGCAGGGUGCUGAUAGAAAUUUUUCCGCCCCACUUGUCGGGGGAAGCGGGAUGCUAGUUUGACGUAGCGUCCUGGGGAGAGGCGGGGAAGAGUUUGUCAGGCGUCCCCCGGUCCCGAUUGGCAUCCGAGAGAGCUUCGCCCGACUCCGCGAUUUCAUUUCACAAUCGAGGAAAUCCGGUCAGGAAAUGGGCGCAGAAUAAAUAGCCUUAAGAUCCUCUCUCUUUAAACGAACGACCCGAAUUGUCAGUUGCUUGAUUAAGAAACCACGACAGGAAACAUCUCGAGGUGGGCCCCCGGCCAAUUAUUGGGAAAGCGUUUUGGACCGGAAGCUGGCUGGCCUGCUGCCCCUCUUGAAAUGUCAACAUAACGGGCACACAAUCUCUACGCCGCUGAGCAAAGAGAAGGAAACAGGAGCUCGUUGUUCCCCUUUGCUGACUCCUGAGAAUAUCGAGUGCUUCGGAAAAGGAUUUGCAACUUUUUGGCGGGGGGGGGGAAAUAAAGAACUAAGCUUCAAGUGUUCGGGAGAGUUGCUUGCUGACCCUGACGUUUCGUAGCUUGUCGGUUUCCGUUGGCCGAAGUAUUUUGAACCCAAUCGCGAAGCACCUGGAUACCUCUCUCUCUCUCUGUGUGUGUAUGUAUGUGAGUGUGUGUGUAUUUUUUUUAAUAUAUAAUACAUGUGGGGGUAAAAAAAUGUACCUUUUGGGAGUUUUAAAACAUCUUCACAUGCUUCAUUUGGGAACUUCUGUUACACAUUCAUGUAAGCGGCUAAUAAAGGUGAGAAUGAGGCACUCACUCACUCGCGCGAGAGAGA